AUGGCUCGAUUGAUGCUGUUACUUUUGGUGAUCGCCCCUUUGAUUCUUACCUCUAACGCUGAAAGUGGGCAAAAGGUAAUUCAGUUUAAAAUAUUGCGUUUUCACCAGGACAGUUUUAGCUUAACUUUCCCCCGGUUGAAUGUAGUGCCGUUGAUUUUCGCGCUUAAUAUUUUAUUCUAUGGUGUAUUAUGGGCUAUCGAUGCUUACGCUUCCUUCACACGGAGGUCACAGAGGUCGAAAAUUUGACUGGAGUGGUGUGUGAGAAAAACAUGGCCGUUGAAAUUCUUGUACGGCAAAGGCGUGGUUGCAUGGAUGCGUGGUUUUUCAGCUGGGAGACGCCAUUUUAGAUUUGCUAAAGUAGCGCUCUACAAAUAGGCGGAUGGUAAAACCAUCGUAGAAAUUAGAAUUCGACCCGGUUUGUCAAUUUCAUGUUAACAGAGCAAAAGUUUUGAACGGUUCCGCUCGAACGAAAUUUUUUAGCCCGUUACACAACUGUCCGAUGCCGUGAUGUGAACGCUGAAGAACAAGUGUCUGACAGCCGGCCACUCAUUAUUAUGCCUAGGGCUUAUUGAACAGCGAGUUAAAGGCUAAGAAUCUCAUUCUCGUGCCUCGAGUAAAGAGACCUGUAUUUAUAUGCCAUUUACAUAAUAAUAUAUAUAGCGAAGUUGCUCAUUUGUCUAUAAUAAGUUAUUAAAUUCAUUUACAUCAAAAUGAGGUACCGUACCAUUUCUUAUUUUACAUGUGUUGUCGCAGGCCUAUACAUUCAAGUUAUCCGAAGAUAAGUAUGAAAGGAUCAAAGUCGAUGCUAACAAGAACUCAGAGACUUUCUCUUUGCGUCAAGCUUCGUCGGGCAAGAAGGAAGGAGACUAUGUCUACGACUUCAACAAGGUCAAUAACUAACAUAAAAGGUCCAACCAAUCAAAGUAAUCUAAAACUGGUGUCUUUUUUUUUUUCUACUUAUGUUCAAAACUUGAAAUUAUUUUUAAUGCGAUCUAGUCAAACCUUAGUUUCCCUGACUUCUGGUCUUUAUAACGUUAAGAUAAAAGACUAGUAAUGCGAAAUUAUCACUGUGCAGUUUUGCGAGAACUUCUUCUUAAAUGGCCACAAAACACCAUAUUUUUUUGUAUCUGACAGAACAUAAAGCUCAUCAGCUAGCAACGUAGUUUUGCACCCAUAAGAAAACGCUGUCGGUUCAGAAAUCAUUGCAAGACCAUUUCUCCAAAAACUUUCGAACCGCUCAAUGUUUGUGUAAAAGGACCAAAACUAUAAUCGAAGUGCUAAUAGAAUUAAGAGAAUAUAAAGGAUCGAGUCUCUGUAUUUUAAUUAUCCUGUAUAAUAAGUUAUUACUAGAGUUUUCAUAAAAUAAGUUGACGGGGGGACGUCUGUACACAGGCUAGUUGACGCCGUUAAACGCAGAGAUAUAGUUGACCACGUAACUAAACAACUGAAGAAAAAUAAGAAGCUUAAUAGACUGUCACUUUUGUUAAGUUGGUUUGUUGGGUAAAGGAAAACUUUGAUACAAUUUUUAACUACACAAUCGCAUUUUUUUUUUCACUAAUCUUUUGUGUCUAUUGAUCCUUGCUUUGUAUUUGCUUGACUUUACUGCAGAACUUGACGAUGAUUCGAUUGCCAGAAGCAAAAGCCUGCUUUUUAAGAUACUCCAUCGGAAACGUUCCUCGACCUGCUGACUUGCUGAAACAAUUACAAUUGGUACGUGUCUAAUGAUCUAUAACUGAACGAGAUUAAAAUUAGCGUCAGGCUAAAUCUGAAUGUAAGAGUUUGUAACUUAAGUUUCAUGGUUACAUGCAGUAAUUAAUAUUGGAAAUAGGACUUAAUAGAAAUUAUUCAUUUUUCACACUGGUUUACACGACUCACAGGUGCAGAAGAGUGCAGAUUCCAAAGUGACCACUACCUCUAACGAAAAUUUCAAGGUUGUUGGCAGGCUGAGUGACCGUUCGGACUUGAGUGACGAGAUGAAGGAUCUAUGUGCAGGGGUGCCAAUUUACCGAAUGCGGAAGAUGGUUGAGAAACAGAAUGAUGCUGAUGAAAUGGAAGACCAUGUGCAAGAGUCCGAU